UCAUUUAAAAAUUGCAUGAUGUGUGAUCAAUUGGAGAUUCUGAACAGGGAGAUUGAAAGGUUAUUACAGAGCAACAUCGUGGAAGAAGGCACUUUAAACUCGGACUGUCCUCAGCCAUCAAGGACUGACUCCUUGGAUAGAAUCACUGAUUCAGACAAUGGAGCAAAAUACAUAUUAGUGCAGAAGCCAGCAGAAAAGGGAGAGUUCGAGUCUCUGAGUUGUCCACAGAACCAGUCUGGCACUUCUGAAUCAGAAAAUUCAGCAAGUGCUGGAAGGAUAAUGCUGAAUGAGUCUGAUCCUUUGCUGCCCUCCUCUGGCUCUCCCUUUCAGUCRGAUCUGCAAGGAGAAACCACACGAACCUCUAAUGCUGUGACAGUUUUUCAGAGUGGGGACAGUGGUGUCCAAACUAUGGAGGAAGUUGUGAGUUCACAACCUGUGCCAUUAGAAUCUGAAAAUAAUACUGACAACAUGGAAAAUAAUUCCCCUGCGUCAGUUUUGGAUGACAAGGGCGAGCAAAGUAAUGAGGAGGAACAAAAAACUGUCAAACCUACAAGUAAAGAGUUCAGGAAAACCUGGGGUUUUCGAAGAACUACUAUUGCUAAGCGAGAAGGUACAGGAGACCUUGACAUGGACUCUAGUGAACAGCAGCCACAACAAGGCUUAAACCUCAGGCGCAGUGGACGACAACCCAAGCGAACAGAAAGAGUGGAAGAAUUUCUUACCACAGUAAGACGUAGAGGGAGGAGGAAUGUUCCUGCUGCUCUGGAAGAUUCAAGUGAAGCAGCAUCCUGUCCAGCUACGGAUGCUGAAACUGCCUCAGAAGGUAGUGUAGAGAGUGCUCCAGAUAUAAAACCCAGCACUCGCAGUAGUACUAGGAGCUGUAAGGAUCGGAGAGCCUCUAAAAGAAGACGUACAAAAGAAGAGGAGGAGGAGGAGGAUGAAGAGGAAGAAGAGGAGGAGGAGGAGGAGGAUUCUUCUGGAAGUGAUAGUGAUGGGUUGACACUGAAGGAACUGCAGAAUCGGUUAAGGAAGAAACAGGUUGACAAAAAACCUGUGCAACUGACAUUAAAAGAAAUACAGAACCGUCUGAGGAAGAAAAACACAGAACAGGAUCCUUCAGAAACAGCUGAUAACCAGGCUGAAGAAGAAGUAAAGACUGAACUGCCUGUCAAACAAGAGCCUGAAACUGCAGACAGCCCUGAGGUUGCCAGUCAGGUGGUUGUGUCAGAGGAGCACACUGAAGAUCUUCAGGCUGAAGACAUAAAACCUGCCCUUGGAGCAAAAGGGGUUGCAAGUGAAGAACCUGAAGAGUUCCCAAAAAGCAAGCCUGAAUCUGAGAUUUAUGACCCCAAUACUCUCUACUGUAUUUGUCGCCAGCCUCAUAAUAACAGGUUUAUGAUUUGUUGUGAUAGAUGUGAGGAGUGGUUUCAUGGUGACUGUGUGGGUAUUUCUGAGGCUCGAGGGCGGCUUUUGGAAAGGAAUGGUGAGGACUAUAUUUGUCCAAACUGCACCAUUCUGCAGGGACAGGAUGAGACUGUUUCAGAAACAGACCAACAGGAGGCUAAAGAAAGGCAAGUAAAUGUGGAUGGCACAGAAUUCACGAGCAUAGGAACAGUUGAACAAAAGUCUGUUGAGGACCAAGGAAUCAAGGGUAGGAUUGAAAAAGCUGCAAAUCCAAGUGGGAAGAAAAAACUCAAGAUAUUUCAACCUGUACCUGAAGCUCCUGGUGCAUCAAAGUGCAUAGGUCCUGGCUGCUUUAAUGUGGCUCAGCCUGAUUCUGUGUAUUGCAGCAAUGACUGCAUUCUCAAACAUGCUGCAGCSACUAUGAAAUUUCUAAGUUCAGGCAAAGAUGCAAAACCAAAACUUAAAGAGAAGAUCAAACCAAAAUCUGAAAAACCUGCUGUGCCAAAAUCUCAACCACAGGCAAGCACUAAGCCUCUCUUGAUCCCGAAGAGACCACUUCCUGAGAAAAAAGAGGGGAACGUGAAGAAGACUAUUCUGACAACGGUCAAGACUGAGGCAAAUCCUCAACCUGUUGCUAAAGAGCCAGCAUCAGAAAACUGCACACCAUCCUGGGCAAGCGAUCAUAAUUACAAUGCAGUAAAGCCAGAAAAGACUGCUGCCAUUUCAUCUUCACUGUUGUUCAAAUCUCAUAAGGAAGAGAAGAAGAAUGAAGGUAAAGUAGGAGAACCUUCACCAGCACUGAAGAAAGCUGUAGCUUCAGCAUCUACAAUGGAGAAACAGGCAUCUUCACUCACCAAAAAUCUUGCUUCAAAGAAGCCUCCAUCCUUUUCUAGCACAUCACUAAGUAAACAACCAGUUAAACCUUCUGCUGGAAGUGUAAAAGUUGCAAUUCCAAAGAAAGGUUGGCCUCCAUCAGGCAAUGUUUCUUCCAAACAUUCUUCUCUUCCUCCUGCUUCAUCGGUUUCUAAAAAACCAGCUGCAUCUUCCAGUCUGGGUGGAGGCCUCAAAAAGCCUUCACUGUCUUCCACAUCUCCUGCAGCUGGAAGUAGCCAAGUAAGAGCAUCCGUGAGCCCUAGCCAGUCACAGCCCAACUCUCAGAUUCGACAGAAUAUUCGACGGUCCCUCAAAGAAAUUUUAUGGAAGAGAGUCAAUGAUAGUGAUGAUCUGGUCAUGACAGAGAGCGAAGUAGGGAGAAUAGCACUCAAUAUUGAAAAGGAGAUGUUUAAUUUGUUCCAAGUUACGGACAACCGCUACAAGAGUAAAUACCGUAGCAUCAUGUUCAAUCUCAAGGACCCUAAAAAUCAGGGACUUUUUCACCGUGUUCUUCGUGAGGAAAUUUCACUGUCAAAGCUGGUGAGAAUGAAACCAGAAGAACUUCUGUCUAAAGAACUAUCUGUAUGGAAAGAGAAACCAAGCAAAGCAAUGGCAGAGUCAAGAAAUAAACCUCAUGAAGUCAAGAAACCAGUUGUAAAACGAGAACAUGUGUCAGAAAUGAAUAUGGAAGAUUCUCCACCACUGUCUGAUUCUGACGAGCAGCAAGAGUCAGCCCGAAAUGCACCUGAUUUGAACAGUGCUCCUUCCCUGGAUGUUUUUAGCAGUAUGUUGAAGGAUACGACAAGUCAGCAUCGAGCCCAUCUUUUUGACCUGAACUGCAAAAUCUGCACAGGUCAGAUUUCAGCAUCUGAAGAUGAACCACCAUCAAAGAAAGUAAAACUAGUGGCUUCUGCUAAAAAGGCAGACUCAAAAUCAAAACCAGAAGCUCAGCCAAAGCAUGAAGGUUCCACAGCAACCUUAGAGCCAGCCAAAGAGGCCAUCUCUGAGRACACAGCAGAACCUGAAGUUGGAGCUGUAGCAGAAUCCGUUUCUCAGUCAAGCUUAGAAAGAAAUUACGUUCCUGCAGCACCAGCCCAUAACAGUGUGGAUUCCUCUUUACCUGAAGAAGCCUCUGCUUUCCCUGCCACUUGCACAGGAGGAGUUGUCACAACAGUAACAGUUUCUGGCAGGGACCCUCGGACAGCAGUGAGCGGCUCCUCAGCCAUUACCACGGCAGUGCUGCGUCCUGCAUCGGACAAGGUUUCCGUGGGGGAAGCAAAACAGGAAGUGUCAAAACCAGUCGUGACUGUCCCCAAGUCCAUAUUAACCAAACCAGCCUCCUCUCCAGAUCCGAGAUACUUGUCGGUUGCUCAUUCACCCAAUAUCAAUGUUGCAGAGUCACGCUCACCUCAAGAUGGAGAUACYUCUCUCUUUCUCUCUCGUCUUAACACCAUUUGGAAAGGAUUUAUCAACAUGCAAAGCGUSGCCAAAUUUGUCACUAAAGCAUAUCCUGUCUCCGGGUGUUUUGAGUACCUUAGUGAGGAUUUACCAGAUACAAUUCAUAUUGGUGGGAGGAUCUCACCGAAGACAGUCUGGGAUUACGUUGGCAAACUCAAAUCUUCACUUUCUAAGGAGUUAUGUUUGAUUCGUUUCCAUCCUGCAACAGAAGAGGAAGAAGUUGCCUAUAUCUCUCUCUACUCCUAUUUUAGCAGUCGUGGUCGUUUUGGUGUUGUAGCUAAUAACAACAGACAUGUCAAGGACCUCUACCUGAUCCCACUGAGUGCUAAGGACCCAAUUCCCUCCAAACUCUUGCCUUUUGAGGGACCAGGUCUUGAGUCAUCUCGUCCAAAUUUAAUUCUUGGAUUAGUUAUCUGUCAGAAAGGAAAACGUCCUGCUGCUGUUGUGGAUACAGAAAGGACAGAGGAAAAGCGAAGCAGAAUUCAAACACAAGAGGAAAUUGAAACAUCACUGUUCUCUAAAGGUCCUCUGUCUUUGCAAGAAAAGAAAACUCCAAAAUACACACUUUAUUCCGGAGAUUUAGCUGUAAGUACAACACCACCUGGAUCACCUCCGCCUCCACCUCCACUUCCCGCUCCAGAAACCUCAACAGUUACAUCUUCAGUAUUAAAAAUACUCUCCUCGAUUAAAACUGGAGCCCCAACUACUGGGACGCCRCCAGUUUCAACUCCUGCUACUGCAAGUGUUACCUCUACCAAUUCUUCCUCCUCCAAAACUGCCACACCGCUCGAACACAUCCUUCAGACCCUUUUUGGAAAGAAGAAAGCUUUUGAGCCCCUCGCGAAAGAUUCUGAAAGUGCCCAGCCUUCAAAUCAGGAAGCUAAAGCUCCUGUCAAUGAAGGGUUGCCAGCUGUUCCUCUGUUAGAUCCCAUCGUACAGCAGUUUGGACAGAUGUCAAAAGACAGAGCUAUAGAAGAGGAGGAAGAUGACAGACCAUAUGAUCCUGAAGAAGAAUAUGAUCCAGAGAAAGCCUUUGAAACACAGACUGGUGGAACUGAGAGACUGUAUAAUGUGGAAAAGCCGUGUAAUACAACAGAACUAGAGGACGAGGCCUAUGAUCCAGAAGAUGAAACGAUCUUGGAAGAAGCAAAAGUUACUGUUGAUGAUUUACCUAACAAAAUGUACACAGACACUAAAAGCAAUACUUCAGAAACACCCGCUUCGUAUGUGGCUGACAUAUCCACAACCUCAUCCUUGGUGGAACAGCAGAAAAUGUUGGAAGAAUUGAACAAACAAAUAGAAGAACAGAAGAGACAACUAGAGGAGCAAGAAGAAGCCCUCAGGCAGCAAAGAGCCGCUGUUGGUGUUUCAAUGGCGCAUUUUUCAGUGUCUGAUGCGUUAAUGUCACCACCACCAAAAUCUUCCCUAGCAAAGACUGAAUUAUUCCAUCAGAACCAGCAAGCUGCCCCCAAAAUAGAUUUACCUUCAUCUUUAAAUCAGCAAGCGCAAGUUUUAAACCAGGCCUGCGACCCAAGACAAAACAGAGAUCCUCGGCAAGCUAGAAGGAUGGCAACAGAGACUAAUGACAGUAUUGAUUCUCGGAUAAAGCCACAGUUGGUACAGAAUGAGGUAUCCCCAAGAGAAAUUCCUCCUGCAAGUCUCCCAAAUGCUUUGCAGACUACACUUGGUAAGGAAGAUAAAACUUCAAUUGCUACUACCCAGUCAAGUUAUAGUGGUGAUAAUUGGGUUUCAAGUGAAAAAGCUUCUGCAGUGUCUCAGAAAGAGGCAGCUAACAGCAAAUUUGAAAACACUGCUCAAGUUAAUCUGGAAAAUGUGAUUCCAGCAGCCUCUGGAGAUCCUUCUGUAUCCAAACCUUUACGUAAAGUACUUCUCCCGACACCUCCAAGUACAUCUUUUCAGCCUAAUUUCUCCACAUCGAGUGACAGUCAGCCUUUGCAAGUACCAUGGUCAAAUGAAUCAAAGGAUGUGAUAGGAAGGGACGCCUUUUCAAGUACAGUAUUUACGCCUCAGGAAAAGACACCGGGUCACUUUGAACCCGAAAGGGGACUUUCAUCAGUGCAAUAUGAAGAACAAAGAAACGCUCAGUCUCACCCGUUUGCAGAACAAGCUGAAUCUGUAGCUGUGCAAAGUGAGGGAGAAAGAGGGUCUCUCCCACAGCACUUUGAAGAGAACAGAGUUGGGCCUCCGUUUUCUUUGUCUGGCCAGAAAGGAGGGCCUGCAGCACCAAUGAUGCUCAAUGCACCUGUAGGACCUCAUGGACCUAAUUUUAGAGGACCAGCACCACAGUUUUCAGAAGAGCAUGGUUCUCCAAAUAGCGAUGGGCAAAGAGGACCUCCAGCUGGCAGAUUUGGAGGUCAGAAGGGACCCAUUCCUUCACUGUUUUCUGCACAGCAUGGACCACCAUCUCUUUUUGGUGAGAACAGGGGCCCCUCCCCAUCUUAYGGUGUUCCAAGAGGAAUGUCACCAUCUCAGUUUGAAGAUCAUAGGGAACCUCACAUGGAGCAAAGGGAAUUCUCAGAUUCCCAAUAUAACGAAAUGAUUAGGCCUCCAGGACAGUUUGAGGGACCGGAGCCCCCUCAGUUUAUGGGAAACAGGGGACCUUCRCCUUUUCCCUUCGGAGGUCAAAGACGACCACCACCAGCUCAGUUUAAAGGACAGAGAGGAGGCCCUCAGUUUGGAGGCCCAAGAGGCCCACCCCCUAGCCAUUUUGGGGGACCGAGAGGGCCUCACCCAAAUCAGUUUGAAGGACAAAGAGGUGCAGCUACAAAUCACGUGCCAGGCCCGAGGGGACUUCUGCCACAACCGUUUGAGGAACGGAGAGGGAGUCCACCACCCCGAUUUGCUAACCAGAGAGGUCCGGCACCACUUCAGUUUGGAGGACCAAGAGGAGCCUCGCCUGCACUGUUCCCAGAACAAAAUGAGCCUCCCCCUUCUAGAUUUCACUUCCAAGGUCAGUCSUCCCAAGGUAUGAAGCCAACCCCAAGACCACUGCUAGACCUUCCAAGUCAUCCACCGCACAGRAAAGAGAUGUGGGAGGAAGCCGGACCAUCUGCACCUCUUUCCAACGUAUCUGGACAAGGACCCGAGUCAGAAGCACAGUGGUCAGGACCUGAUUUCCGAGAAGGCAAAAAUCUCGAGUUCAGAGGCCAGGCCUUUGAAGGGAGACCCAGAGAGAGAUACGAGGGAGGAAAUAAAGACAAGGUUUUAGAUCAGCCAGAGCCUCAGCAAGCAGAUAAUCGACAAGGUAGACCCUUUGAGGAAAGGCGAAGGGAUCGAGAACAUGGCAGACCUUGGGAAAGGGACCGUGGAAGAAACUGGAAUAGAGACAGAGAAAGGGACUGGGAGAGACAUAGAGACAAGGAAUGGGAUAAGAACAGAGACAGAAACCAAAACAAGGAUCGGGAAAAAGAUUCGGAGCGAGCUAAAGAAUGGGAAAGAAACAGAGACCGGGAGAGAGCCAGAACCAGAGAGCGAGACUCCUACCGAAGACGUGACAGAGACAGAUCGAGAAGCAGAGACAGAGAUCGUGACAGAGACAAAGACAGGGACCGGGAUCGAAGCCGGGAGAAAGAGAGAGAUCGUGAGAGAGAUCGAGACCGUGAAAGAGGGAAAGAUCGCAAGGAUCGGAGUAAAAGCAGGGAAAUUGGUAAAGACAUCAAGCCAGAAACACAGAAGGAAGGACAAAAACCAACAGAAGCUGAAGCUUCAUCUUCCACUGAUCAGUCAUAGAGAUACUUGGAAGGUAUUUUCCAUAAAUAACAAGAACUUACUCCAGAUCUUUUGUAUAUACUGUAUAUUCUCGACUUUACAAAAUGCUGUUGCAAUACUAGCCUUACAAGAUGCACUGACAAAUGAGCAGUUUUUGAACAACUGUGAAUGAAAAUGUUCAAAUGGAUAAAAGGCAAGAACAUACCGGACUUUAACUUGCUGCAUUUUGUG